UGGAGCAUACGUAACCAGCGAGCCCUCACACUUCGGACUGAGAUUUGUACACGCCGCCUCCUCUCUGCUCUACAGCAGCCGCUUCUCCCCUGAAUGCAGGGCGGAUCUCUCCGGUUGCCAGGGGCUGGCGGGGGUCACACAUGGUCAUUCCAGGGGUCCCCAGCAGCUCUCGGGUGACCUCUGAGAUCUGUCUGGCCUAGCCCCUCCCAGUCGGCUCGGGUUCUGCGGCGCAUCCCAGCCGCCACCCCCCUCCAUGCUCCUAGCAUUGUGAGGCUGGGACUAGGAACCGCGUUGUGUUCCAUUACAGCAGCUGCGAUUCGGGGAGAGGAGGGCAGGCGGCAUUCCGCGCACAAUCAUGGCGCGGAGAAGAGGCUGUGCUGCGGGACUGGCGCGCUCUGCCCUCGCCUGGCUGCUGCUCUGCAGGGUGUACGGUACAUUUGCUGGUCCAGUACAUGUGGAUCCAUAUGAAACUGCAGUAUGGGGAAAGAACAUUACUUUAAAAUGCUUAAUUGAGGUCAAUGAAACAAUAACGCAGAUCUCAUGGGAGAAAGUCAUUGGCAAAAGUGUUCAGACCAUAGCUGUUCAGCAUCCAAUCUAUGGAAUAUCUUUUCAAGAAGCAUAUGAGAAUCGAACAUCUUUCAAAAAUACAUCUCUCCAUGAUGCCACAAUUGUUAUAAAUGAUGUAGACUUUCCUGAUGCUGGGGAAUACAUAUGUAAAGCAGUUACUUUUCCUCUUGGAAACGUGCAGUCAUUGACUACUGUGACAGUACUUGUUGAACCUACUGUGAGUAUAAGUAAAGGACCCUACCCACUAAUGGAUGGAGCAAAUGAAACCAUAGCAGCCACCUGCACAGCUGCCACAGGAAAACCUGCUGCUGAAAUAUAUUGGGAAGAGUCUCUUGGGAGAGCGGAGACUACUUCCACAACAUUUGCAAAUAAAACUGUGACAGUCAUAAGCCAAUACAAGCUAAUCCCAACGAGAUUUGCAAGGAGAAGAAACAUAACCUGCAUCGUAAAGCACCCUGCUUUGGAAAGUGAUAUCCGGUAUCCAUUUACAUUGGAUAUACAAUAUGCUCCUGAAGUUUCAGUCACUGGCUAUGAUGGCAAUUGGUUUGUGGGCAGAAAAAAUGUCCAAUUGAAGUGUAAUGCUGAUGCUAAUCCACCUCCUACUGAGAUAAAAUGGAGCAGGUUAGACGGAGUUUGGCCUGAUGGCUUAUUACCUGUCAAUAAUACACUACUUUUCAACUACCCUCUAACCCACAAUGUUUCUGGGAUAUACAUGUGCAGAGUGGCCAAUGCUCUUGGUUACAAAAGUGACCAAAAGAUCAUCACUAUUUUAGAUCCUCCUGUUACUACUGCUCUUCCUACAGUUGCAGACACCCAUUCAGACUUUGAUGCAGAGUUAACAACGUCCUCCAGAAAACUUUAUAUUCCAGCUUCAACCAUUGCAACUUUUCAGGAUGGCAAUUUUGGCACCAUUGUUGGCAGCGUAGUUGGAGGUUGUCUUUUCUUGAUUCUUUUAAUUGUGCUCAUUGGCGUGAUAUACCACAGAAAAAAACAGACGUUCCGUGGUGAUUAUUUUACCAAGAGCUACAUUCCUCCUUCGGAUAUGCAGAAAGAGUCCCAAAUUGAUGUUCUGCAGCCUGAAGAUCUUGAUCCUUUUCCUGACAACCUAAAAAAGGAGGUUGACAUUAAAAGUAAUGAUCAUAUUUAUAAUGAAUAUCUCCAUGAUGAUGACAACUCGGAUUGGAACCAUAUUGUUAGCUAUAACCGAUAUCAAGAGCACUUUGAUAGACCAGUCAACAAUUAUACCGACAAAAAUAUGCCGGUUGUUUCACGGUACAACCAGAACUUCGACAAUGAAGAUGACUUGGUUUCCCAUGUGGAUGGUUCUGUCAUAUCCAGAAGGGAGUGGUACGUGUAGAGACUCCUGCAAGUGGACUAAUGUGCAUUCAGCUACAUGAUUGUCAGAUUUACAGUUCUGAUUUUGACUUUUUAUGUUGCUAUUCUUUUUGUUGCCUAUUUUACCAUAUUUUAAAGCCAAUCAGUCAAAUAAUUUCUUGCAUCUACACAAAUUUGAACUAUGUAAAUAAAUGUAAAGUUUUGAAGAAUAGAUUUAGU